UCUCUGUCUCUCUCUGUCUCUCUCUACAGACUCUUCCCUCGGUUUCUCUCUCCAGAAAGUCAGGUCGUAUUACAAGAGCGGGUUUUUUUGCAAUCUUUUAUAUUUCAGUUGCUGUUGGUGGUUGCGAUUAUUUCUCACAUUUAAAGUCUCUCUCUUUGUCUUUCUCUUUCAUUUCCUCCUCUCUCUAAAAUUGGCUCUCUACCCACUUCCUCUAUUCUGAUAACCUUCACAAAGAUGCUUGCUUUAUGCAAGGCCGUGAGCUGAGCUGCCUGCUAUCUCUUUUCUGUGCCCAUUCUUUGUGCUGUAAUUUGGCCUUUUCUUUUGUUCAUACAUUUUGUUUCAGUCUUGUUUGGUUUCAUUGAAUCCAAGCUUGAUCUGAGAAACAAAAGCUCUUUGGGGUCGUGCGAUUGGAGAGCUUUCUUGUUGGAUUUGGGGAUAUGGGAGUGUGAUCAUACAAUGGUUUGGCGAAAAUUUGGGUAAUUCUAAAACAGAUCUUCUUUUAUAGAUCUGCUUUCCUGGUGUCAUGCAUACCUUUUGUUAUAUUUUUCGUAUGUUUGUGAUCUCAAAAGAGAAAGAAGGUUGGUCAUUUUUGAUAUCACCGGCGCUUUCAAACCUCAAAAGGUUAUAAUAUCGAAAGUGGAUUCCUUUCAUGGAAAAGUGAAAGUGGGCGUGUUUUGCUUAAUGGUGGAUGCUCUUCUUAAAGAUUGGGUGCUAAAUUCAAGUGUUUUCUGGGCAAAUUUGUGGCAAUCGGAUUGCAGAUUGUAGUUCAAGUGGAUUAAUCUGAUUAGCCAGGCAUUGAAUAUACAAGGGUGUUGCUCAAAGAUUGUGAUCAAACAAAGAUUGAUAUCAGAGAGAGAGAGAGAGAGAAAGUGAGUUUAGUGGAUUGAUUGGUCACUUAAAGGCCCUGAUUUUGAAGGGCGUUGGGGUUAUUAGGAGAAUUUCUUACGGAUCCGUCAAUUGAAAAUAGGGGGUCGUAUUGCUCGGCUGGUCUGGAGUGCCUACUAAACAUAAUCAGGGCCCUGAGAAUGGGUUCCUGCUUGUCUGCAGAAAGCAGGAGCCCUCUGCCCGAUUCGCCGUCGUCUCCCGCCUGGGGAGUCAGGCGGCGCAAGAGCACCAAGAAGAAAAUGGGCUCUCGAAAUUCUUCCUUUGAUUACCGCCGGGAAGAGCCGCUGCAUAGGAUUCCCGGGAGAAUGUUCUUGAAUGGGUCAAGUGAAGUUGCAUCUUUGUUUACCCAACAGGGCAAGAAAGGGACCAAUCAGGAUGCCAUGAUUGUUUGGGAGAAUUUUGGUUCAAGAACAGACACAGUUUUCUGUGGUGUUUUUGAUGGCCAUGGUCCGUUCGGUCAUAUGGUCGCUAAAAGAGUGAGGGAUUCUCUUCCUCUGAAAUUGAGUGCAAACUGGGAGGUGACCAUAACCAGUGAGGAAGUACUCAAAGAGAUCAGCCUCAAUACUUCAGGAAGCUUGAAUUCAGAUGGUACUCCCUUUGUAUCUGUUGAUGAAGAUUUCAGGGCCUCCAUUGAUAUUGAGGAAACAGACAAACACCCUGAGAUCUUUCAGACACUGAAAGAGUCAUUCCUAAAGGCUUUCAAAAUUAUGGAUAGGGAGCUGCGAACACAACCAAGUAUCGAUUGCUUUUGUAGUGGGACAACAGCUGUAACUUUGGUUAAACAGGGUCGGGAUUUAAUCAUUGGAAAUGUUGGGGACUCCAGAGCUGUUCUGUGCACGAGAGAUAAAGAUGACACUCUAAUUGCAAUUCAAUUGACUGUGGAUCUCAAACCAAAUCUUCCAGCGGAAGCAGAGAGAAUACGGAAGUGUAGAGGGCGCGUUUUUGCUCUUCAAGAUGAACCUGAGGUUUCUCGGGUCUGGCUGCCAAACAAUGACUCCCCUGGUCUUGCCAUGGCACGGGCUUUUGGAGAUUUCUGCCUCAAGGAUUUCGGCCUGAUCUCUGUGCCAGAUAUAUCCUUUCGGCGUCUCACUGAGAAGGAUGAAUUUAUAGUCUUGGCUACAGAUGGGAUUUGGGAUGUUCUCUCUAACAAAGAAGUGGUAGACAUUGUAGCAUCAACCCCAGCACGCUCUUCUGCAGCUCGGGCACUGGUUGAGACUGCAGUUCGAGCUUGGAGACAGAAGUAUCCAACUUCCAAAGUAGAUGACUGUGCUGUAGUUUGCCUUUUCCUUGACUCAGACUCAAACUCUGGAUCAACUGCUGCUAAUAACUGGUCGGGUGAGCAGCCUGCCACAACGGAUGAGGUCAAUGGUGGGACUGAGCAAGAAGAUCUCUCUGGGACAACUUGUUUGGUCCGCUCAGGGACUGCCCGAACUGGCGAAGAGAUUCUUCAAGAUGAAGAAGAAGAAGAAGAAGAAGAAGAAGAAGAAGAAGAAGAAGAAGGAGAGGAAGAAGAAGAAGCAAGUAAAGAGAACGGUGCAGAGGAAAUGAAUUCAGAGGCGGGUAAAGAGUGGUCUGCUCUGGAAGGAGUUUCCCGUGUGAACACAUUAUUGACCCUGCCAAGGUUUGUGCCUACAAAAGAAGACAAGAAGGUGUGGAAGAAGGUUUGAUUAUUGAUUAAUCACCUUGUUUCUGUUUCUCAUAAAAAAUUGUUCAGUAUCAUUUAUUUUUCCUCGUCUCUGUUUCUGUUUUGCAUUUUCUACACAUAUGUGUUUUGUAGGGCCAUAAAAGUAAAAAUUUUGACCGGAGAGGUAGGCCCUCCCGACUAUAUUAGCAUGUCUGGGAAAAUUGUCCUUUCUAGUGUGGGUAGAAUUGGAAUUUUUGUAAAA